UUCUGUGAACUCAUUUUCUCUUUUGCUAUACUUUCAUGUGAACUUGAGUUAACCAACUUUUUUUAUGUGUGAUUUGCUUCAAUUGUCACCACUUCUUCACUUCAUAAUAAAUCCCUUUAUAUAUAUUCAAUCUCUAUUCUUCACUUUCUAUUGUCACAACCAUACAUCAAGCUACAUACUAUAUAUGUACGUACAUAAAAGUGAAUCGAAUUGAUUAACGUUUGAGUAAAAGAGACUACGUAACAAGUACAAGAUCGAGUAGAACAAGAUUAUUGAAGAAAGAAGAUCAUGAAGAGAUCGAUUGCUCUAGUAGUUCUUCUCAUCGUUCUCCUUGUUUUGCCAAAUAUCACCGUUUCUAGACACAUCACUAGACCUCGUUUCUAUCGCAACGGUCACCGAGCCGCACAAGGAAGAAUGAGAGGCAACAUGAACACAAGAGGUAGACCAGCAAUGAAGCCUAGAGGGCCAGGACCCGACACCGUUGAAAUCGCUGGCUCGAGCUUGCCCGAUUGCUCUCAUGCUUGUGGUUCAUGCUCACCAUGUAGGCUAGUAAUGGUGAGCUUUGUGUGUGCAUCUAGAGAAGAAGCCGAGACAUGUCCAAUGGCUUAUAAAUGUAUGUGUAAAAAUAAGUCAUAUCCAGUUCCUUAAACUUAAUCUCUGUAGUAUUUUUGUAAGAGCUAAAUCUAAAUUCUUGUCAACCACUAGCUAGCUAGCUACUAGUUUUAUGUAACAUAGUUUAUUCUUAUUUUUAUUUUAUUUUCUUUUAUUGAUUAUAUAGUUCUCUCUUUUAGUAGGCCAUUGAUGCUACAAAAUUUUGUUUGCAACUUGUUGUAUGUAAGUUGUAAGGGAAACAUUAUGUCAAUGGUAGCAUAAAAUUUUGUAUGCAACUUUAAUUUGUUCCUUAAAUAAUUUCUCAUGUAUUUUAGACAUAAAUGAUGCACCGAUGUUUAAAAAAAAAAAAAAAGAAGUCAAUGUUAAUUAAUAAACAAACAUGUGAAAAUUUGUUACAUUCAUUUAACGUGUAUUGGAAAUU